AUGUAGGAAUACCUGGUUCUGGGAUUGGUGCUCACGGUUUUCAGGAAGAACUCUGCUGCCUUGCCGCUCACAGCCAUGAACAAAGUAACUGGGGAUGGAAAAUGGUGAGUGAGGAACUACAGCUACGUGACUGCUAAGCRACAAGGAAUACAAGAGAAGUGCCCGAAUCCAAAGGGUGGAAAAUGAGUGCUUUCACAAAACAUCAUAGUCUCUCUCCCAGGACCUUCAGAAGAUCUUUGUUGGGACAAGAUKCUGGCAUGUCUGCCUUGAAGGACUAUCAGUGGUGCCACCGAAUGAAAAGCAAGAAGCUGAAUAAGCAGAUGAGUUUGGACUCAGAGAGACCUCUUGGAGCGUACAAGUGGCAGACACAUCCUUGGCUUCCCUGGAGGGUAAGCAAAAGAGAGGCCUCCUCCAGUCUGAAAGGGGAAUGCAACAACGCAAGUCUUUCUGCAAGUUCCACAAGCGUGGAUGCUCCCAGUGCUGACAAUCUCCAUGCAGACCCAUCGGAGGUACCCUUCAAAGCAAGGUCUAGGCCAUUCCGGGUUCCCUUCAGCCGCUCCCUGUCCGAGCCCGUGUCACACACCGGGAGCAGGAAUGCCAGGCCGUUCCUGCAAACCGUGCGUUCGCUGGAUGCAGAACAGCAGAGCUACUUAAUGCGGGACUUCUUCUCCUCUCUCUCAAGUGGCUUUUCAAAGAUCAUGAGUCGAAAAGGGGACCCUGUCAGUGAGUCCAUAACUGAAGGGAAGACAGAGGACAUUCAAAUUUUUUUGAGUACAGAUGUGAAAGGACCACCUACACACAGAUUGUCCUGUGGCCAGUCCCCCUACACUGAGAUGACAACAUGGGAGAGGAAAUACUGCAUCCUGACCGASAGCCAGCUGGUGCUGCUCAACAGGGAGAAGGAGGCACCCACAGAAGCGAUGCCGGAGCCGCAGGAUGCCUCCCGCGGGCGCUGCCUGCGCCGGACCGUCAGCGUCCCCUCCGAGGGCCAGUUCCCCGAAUACCCGGCAGAGGGGGCCGCCCAACUAGAGGUCCCAGCAGAGAGAUCUCCCCGCAGACGGAGCAUCUCCGGGACCAGCACCUCUGAGAAAACCAACUCCAUGGAUGUUCCGAACACUUCUCCUUUCAGAGUACCAGGCUUCUUCAGUAAGCGCCUGAAAGGAUCUAUCAAGAGGACAAAGAGCCAAUCCAAGCUGGACAGGAAUAUAAGUUUCCGUCUGCCCUCUCCCAAUAAUGCCGAGGACAGACCACGUGAGCUGCCCAAGCUGAAGGAGUCGCGUUCCCAUGAGUCUUUACUGAACCAAGCCAGCGCCAUCGAGACUCUGGAUUUUGCGGCAGAAGAGGCAGUCUUUGUCAAACCACUCCACAACAGCAUCCUUGGACGAGACUUCUGCUUUGAGGUAACCUACUCCAAAGGCAGUAAAUGCUUCAGUUGUUCCUCUGCAGCAGARAGGGACUGGUGGAUGGAAAACAUACGCAGACUCUCGCAGCCGAUGAAGGACAAUUGCCGUCGAGCUGAAAAUGUGCUUCGCCUCUGGAUCAUAGAAGCCAAGGACCUGACCCCCAAGAAGAAAUACUUCUGUGAGGUGUGCCUUGAUGACACUCUCUUUGCCCGCACCACCAGCAAAGCAAAAGCAGAUAACAUUUUCUGGGGGGAGCACUUUGAGUUCUACAGCCUCCCCCAGAUUGAGAGCGUCACAGUUCACAUCUACAAGGAUGUGGAGAAGAAAAAGAAAAAGGACAAGAAUAAUUACGURGGCCUGGUCAACAUUCCCACGGCCAGUGUGAGCGGCCGCCACUUUGUGGAGAAAUGGUACCCGGUGAGCACCCCUACAGCCAACAAAGGCAAAUCAGGGGGACCUUCCAUUCGCAUCAAAUCCCGUUACCAGACCAUCACCAUCUUGCCCAUGGAGCAGUACAAAGAAUUUGGGGAGUAUGUUACCAGCAACUACGCCCUGCUGUGCUCCGUGCUGGAACCUGUGAUCAGUGUCAAGAGCAAGGAAGAGAUGGCUUCUGCUUUGGUGCACAUUCUUCAGAGCACUGGGAGAGCCAAGGACUUCUUGACUGAUCUGGUGAUGGCUGAAGUAGACCGUUGUGCAGAACAYGAUGUCUUGAUCUUCAGGGAGAAUACACUCGCUACCAAAGCUAUAGAGGAAUACCUCAAGCUGGUAGGGCAGAAGUACCUCCAGGAUGCACUGGGGGAGUUUAUCAAGGCCGUGUAUGAGUCAGAUGAAAACUGUGAAGCAGAUCCCAGCAGGUGCUCACAGAGUGAAUUAGCAGAUCAUCAGUGCAACCUGAAAAUGUGUUGUGAACUGGUCUUCUGCAAAAUUAUCAAUUCCUACUGUGUAUUCCCUCGUGAGCUGAAGGAGGUGUUUGCAGCUUGGAAGCAGCAGUGCCAGAACAGGGGCAAGCAGGACAUCAGUGAACGUCUGAUCAGUGCCUCUCUGUUCCUGCGCUUCCUGUGCCCUGCCAUCAUGUCUCCAAGCCUCUUCAACCUCAUGCAGGAGUAUCCUGAUGACCAGACCUCUCGWACUCUCACCCUCAUUGCUAAAGUCAUCCAGAACCUCGCCAAUUUUGCCAAGUUUGGUAUUAAGGAAGAGUACAUGACCUUCAUGAAUGAAUUUUUGGAGCAUGAGUGGGGAGGAAUGCAGCGUUUUUUGAGGGAGCUCUCUAACCCAGAAACCAUCUCCAACAUGCCUGGAUAUGACGGCUACAUCGACCUGGGCAAAGAGCUCUCUGUGCUGCAUUCCCUCCUKUGGGAAGUUGUGUCCCAACUUGAUAAGGGUGAAAAUUCCUUYCUACAGGCAACUGUGGCAAAACUGGGGCCUCUUCCUCGUAUUCUUGCGGAUAUUGCAAAAUCCAUGACCAGCCCUACACCCACGCAGCAGCAGCUGAAGCGUUUCACGGAGCACAGCUCCAGCCCAAAUGUUGCUGGAAGUCUCUCCUCGGGACUUCAGAAGAUAACUGAGGACCCUACGGAUGGUGACAUAAAUAAGCUGAAAUCUCCAACCCAGGAAAAUGUAGAUGGACAUUUUAGGGGCAAGACCUUACUGCUGGUUCAGCAGGCAUCUACCCAGAGCAUGACUUGCUCAGAUAAGGAUGAGAAGGUAAGUGUCUUGCCCAAUGGACGCAGCAUCUCUCUCAUGGACCUGCAGGACCCUCACACAGCUCACAGUGACACYGCUUCCAUGAUGCACGACGUGCCUUUGCGCCUGGCGGGCAGCCAGCUCUCCAUCACCCAGGUGGCCAACAUCAAACAGCUGUGGGACACCCAGAGCACCCCUCAGAGCGCUCCCCAGGUCCGGAGGCCGCUGCACCCGGCRUGGAACCAGCAGGGCAGCCUCCGGCCCCUGUCAUUCCAGAACCCCGUUUACCAGCUCAACAACCCYAGCCCCCCCACGGCCAAGGCCUCCGUGGACUCCAGCCCGGAGAACCUGAGCACUGCCAGCUCCCGGAGCCGCAGCAACAGCGAGGAUUUCAAGCCCAGCGGGCGCAGCAACAGCAGCCUGGAGGACUCUGCCAAGCGCAGCUCGCAGAGCGAGGACUCGGCGCGGCGCCCCGCGGGCAGCGACAAGCACGUGCCGGUGGUGCUGCCCCGCCAGAACAGCAGCAGCCAGGCGCAGAUCCGCAAGAUGGACCAGGCCCUGGGCACCAGGGCCAAGACUCUGCACAGCCUGACGCACAGCCCUUCCCUGCGCAGCACGGGCAGCGUGUCGGGAGCCUCGGGAGCCAUGGGCAUGGAGACCGUCCCCAACGGGAACCGCUCGCGGCACCAGUCCUCCUCCUCCAGGGAGAGCCCYGUCCCCAAGGUGCGGGCGAUUCAGCGGCAGCAGACGCAGCAGGUGCAGUCACCAGUGGACUCAGCCACGCUGUCACCAGUGGAGAGGACGGCUGCGUGGGUGUUCAACAAUGGGCAGUAYGAGGACACAAAGAAGGACACCACUCAGAGCCUGGAUGAAGUCAAGCAUGCUGAGAAGUACGAGCAGGAGAUCGCCAAGCUGAAGGAGCGGCUGCGCGUGUCCAGCCGCCGGCUGGAGGAGUACGAGCGGCGGCUCCUGGUGCAGGAACAACAGAUGCAAAAACUGCUGCUGGAGUACAAGACCAGACUGGAAGACAGUGAGGAGAGACUGCGCAAGCAGCAGGAGGAGAAGGACAGCCAGAUGAAAAGCAUCAUCAGCAGACUCAUGGCUGUUGAAGAGGAGCUGAAAAAGGAUCACGCUGAAAUGCAAGCAGUGAUCGACGCAAAGCAGAAAAUUAUUGAUGCACAGGAGCAGCGGAUCGUCUUCCUGGACUCGGCCAACACGCGCCUGAUGAGCGCCCUGACGCAGGUGCGGAUAACCAUCUCCGUGAAGGAGCCGGCCGGAGCAAAGCAAAGACUCCUCCUCCUGGUCACUGAAUGUUGAGCGUAGUUCUCCUAAAAAGGAAAAUUGCAUUGUUCUUCUUGAAAGGAAAGUUACAUUGUUCUUCAAAGGAAAGUUACCUUGUUCUUCUUGAAAGGAAAGUUGCGUUGUUUGAAGAUUGUAUUGUUUGAAGAUUGUUCUAAAAUUGUUUUAGAGUUGUAUUUUAAAGUUGUAUUUUAAAUUGUUUUAAGAUAGUAUUGUACAUUCAAUAAAGUUGGAAAAGCAACUCUGAAGGGUGGGCUUCAAUUCCCCACUCAGGGCCAGGGGAACCAGGCUCCCCGGAAUAAAUCCUUCUGGAUCACUGUGUAAAUAGAGGGAGCUCUUGGGUUGUGUACAGAAAAUGCCAAUGUAAUAUACCAAAAGGAAGUGAAUACUGUAGAUUUUUUUAAUUAUUGCUAUUUUUUUUAUUAUUAUUGUUAUUAUUAUUAUUAAUAUUAUGUUGUUGUUGUUUUUCUCUCGUUGAAAGCACUGCAGUCCUGGGAGGAGGAAGAGGGGAGUGUGUGUGCGUGCGUGGUGUGGGUGAGACRUGAUUUGGGUUAGCCCAGACAGCAACUGCCCGAGACAAGGACAYGAGUGGAGUGAGAUGAAUUCCAUAGGAAAACUCAUGGCUGGGUUUAUUCCCCUCUUCCCCAGCUGGUCUUUAGCUGAAUGCAAACUUGAUAGCAAACAUUUUAGCAAGAGAACUGGCUCUUGCUGCGUCCUGUACCUGCUUUUGAUAGGACUCUGGCGAAACAACCGGUCUUUCUGAAGAAGGUACAGAGUGAGAGCAGCAGGCCGGAUUCCUGGAAUUUGCACAGUCAGGCUUCCUGUCAGACAGAGGGAAUUUGCAGGAUUUUGUGGUAGGAUUCUUUCUUUUUUACCCCASUUCUAAUGCAGUUUUAUAUUUUCUGUUUGGAGAAUUUACAGACCUGUAAAUACUUUUCUAACAGUUUCUAGCCGAUUCCCACCGUAUGCCCCUCUGACUUCCCUUUCUGCUCUCCACUGGGAACAGCCAGGUUAAUCCUCUUGGGAAAGGGCUGCCCAAGCCCAGCACAGGAAAUUCCAUAUGCAAAAGUYCCUUUUUCUAGAGGAUUUCUGUAUUUUAAUGCUUGCUCAUAUUUACUAUUUCARCCACUUGCUCAGCCAGUGUAGCUCCAAUGAAAGGUGCUUUUAACACCCUUGUUGAAGGAUCUUCCAUUUCUGCUGAAAUUUUCCUUUCUCUGGAUGCUUUMAAGGGAUUUCUUUUGAGUUCUGUACACACCAGCUUUUCUUCAGGAGUUUUGACUAAGCUUUCAUCUCCAAUUCCUUUCAGUUGUGCUUCAUAGAAGCAUGAUUCCAGACUGUAUGUAAAUGGGAUAUCAUUCCAAAGUGGCCUUCUCCUGGGAGAAAGUGACAUUCACAGCCUGUAACAGAUGAACAGUAAAUGGCUUGGUAGUGUCAAUUCUCAKUAUUUCAUCAAAAUCUACAAUAUUUAAUCUGAGAAAGGGUUUUUUUUUUAAAUCCCAGAUUCUGGAGUCGAGUGUGAAUUUUUACUUCCAGUUUUUGCUGUGCAUUUCUAGCACCCCAAACUGUGACCAAAAAAAAUUACUGCAGCAUUAACUGACAUUUUGAAUUAUGGACAUAUACCCAUGAACAGCAAGUGUGAUUAACCAUUCCCACGUGUUGCUGUGGAAAUUAGAAAAGUUUACUUUGAGACAAAACCUUGAGAGGUGCCUCAGUGUUGGAUGUGUCAUGAGAAAUGCAGUGAAUGUCUAAGCUGGUUCCCUGCAUGUGAAUUAUUGGCCAUACCUAGACCCAGAUGCAGUGUCUGUUGCCAAGUUUGCCUGUUUUUUGGAAAUGAAUUAAUCUCAGAUCUGGCUGAUGCAGAGGGGUAGAGCAGAGUGUGUGUCUGGUGUCAGCAGACUGGAGCUGCCAUCAGCAGCCACGUGUGUUCUAUGACAACUGUGCAUCAGUGCAGAGCCCUUGUGCUGCAGGAUGUGUGUGGUCAGUCCUGGCCAGCCCUUCUGGGGCACAGCAGCUGCAGCCAUUUGGGAUUUGGGUUUAAUGCUCAGCUCUUUGGGRUCAAAGCUGCUCCGGCUGCUUGGCCGGGCCUCGGUGCUGCCAGCACUGACACACCUGGGGCUGUGCUCUGCACUGGCUCAGCAGUGACUGCUUUUCCAAACUUUCCAAACCGUCUUCCARCUCUAGGUCCUUUCUGACCUCUGGUAUUUUAUUCCUCAAACUGUGCCUUUGAGUUCUUCCUUCUUUCUUUCUCCCUUCAGGCAUGGCAGCCGUAGCAACUGCUCCAGUUUGUUUAACCUCCCACAUGAGGGAGGUUAACACAAACCUCUUUUCUUUUACACAAACCCUCUGUCUGGGGUAUUCCUGUGGGAUCUGCAUGUCCCUGUAGCCAUUACUGUAAUUGCACAGGGUGUUUCCAUCCCUUUCGGAAGGGGCAUGUGAAGGUUCCCUUGUGGCACAGGUGACGUGGGUGUGCUGUGACCGAGGGUGAGCAAGCACCGUGGGGCUGUGAUGACAGAACCAGGCAGAAGCAGAUGUGUUGCUCUAGGAUUGUURUUCUGGCCUUACUUUGGGACCCCCCUUUUCCAGAGCUCCCCUGUGCUCUGGUAAUGUCAGAGGUCACUGGCUGAGCUGUGAGGUUUGAUGCUGAGGGCUCUGAGGUGUCCACCUUGGUUCCUGCAGAGAAAUGCAAUAGGGGCAGUAUUUCAGCCUCCAUUUUCACAGGGGAAGUAAUCCCUGCCCCAAUCCCACCUGUUUUGGUGAGGUCUUGGUAGUGCAUCAUUCCAGUACUGUACCUUCUCCUGUGUGUUUCUCRAGCUUGUAGAAUGCUUGU